UCCUGUAAUAAAUAAGGCGUAACAGUAACAGUGACUGUUAAUGCUCAUAACUUCCUCAGUCAGUGACACUGAAGGUUCCCAGGCUGCAGAAAUGUUGUUUUAUCGUUUCGUUCUCCUCGCUGGACGUUUCUGUCUCAGCUCUGCCGGCAGUCACAUCCUAGUUACUGUGCUGCAGAACUCUGUGGCUACACUGCCCUGUCCUCAUAAGACGGGAGAUGUAACAUGGACCAACCUCUUAGGUAGUACAACGACGAUUCUUGUCAGAAAUGGCAAAGUGGAAACAUCUGACAAACGCUUUGUUUCUCUGCCAGAUAACUCUCUGCAAAUCAAACAUGUUACACUAGAUGAUUCUAAAAUGUAUAUGUGUAAUAGAAGUCAAGUAUAUCUGACAGUGAAACCAGAUCCCAAUGUGACAGUGGUGAAUGCUGGAAACGUACCAGUCCCACCCACAAUCAGUGGCCCGGGUUCUGGCCUUGGACCGGGACAGAAGGGGGUAACAGCAGCCGGUGAUUCAGAGCCAGAGAACCAACAACCUUCAGACUCCUGGAAGGUAGCUGUUGGUGCAGUGGUUGGUGCUGCGUUGGUGCUUCUGGGCGUCUUAACGUUUAAAUUCUGCUCAAAAAAGAGACGAGAGACAAACCUCGCUGAGGACAGAACAACUGCAGCUGAGGUGAUUUACGAGGAGAUUGUGGUCGGCGAGGAGCAGCCGAGGAGGGAGUCUGAUGUUGAAAGUCCGUACUACCUGGCAGGCAGCAGCGAGACGCCACUCACAAACAAUAAUCUGUACAGCACAGUCAACAAGUCAAAGAGGAGCAGUGAGGAGUGUGUGUACUAUCUCGCCCAGAAUCCACCACAGACAGGAAGUGCUGGUGAACGAUCUGUCACACUAUCAGAGAGUCUGAGGCUCCACUGAAGGAUUGUGGAUCAGAUAUUACUGUAAACACUGUAAACAAUGUAAA